GUUGUUUUGUUGUGGCGAUCAGCUGAAUGUGGCAUCGCUGUCCGGUCUGACACAACAGUGGGAAGCACCCCGAGCCCCUCCGGCUCUCCCUCCACAGGAACGCGGGCACCGAGAGCAGCUCUAUCCAGCGCAUCACAAUCCAGGAAAUGCGGCGGACUUCUGGCCCUUUCGCUACGGGAUAAAUGGCUGCAGCGCCCGUACUGUAGCAAGCUGACCCAUUCAGAAGCUGAACGGCUAACACUCUUGACAAGCAACAAAGGAGAUGCAGAGAAGACCUUGGGAGGGCUGUUAGAAUGGCUGAGGCUAGACAGAAGCAGAGCUGCUUUGUACAGAGAAAUGAUCCAUGUUUACCUGCAUCCAUGCAGCUCCGGGGCACCUUUUAAUGAUGCCUCAUUUGGUCCUCUUGAAUAACUUUUGGCCCACACUGAGAAAGGCCCUCCGUUUUGAUUUACAACUCAGUCUGUCGAUGUUCCCCUGCCUCUGACCUCUCUGCUGCCAUGCGGUUAGCCCCAUGAGGCUCCAAGAGCCCUUCCUUGCGUGUCUGUGAGGCCUCCUCCCCACUCUAUGGAGGCUGAGCCCAGCCGUCCGGCUGAUGGGGAGCGCUCUGGAAGGCAAGAGCAGCAACAUGUGACAGCUGAAUCCUCACUAGGAUCUUGUCCACCUCAGCAACCCCAGCAGCCUCCUAACCCUCGUCCUGUACACAGAGCCCUGGGCCGCUUGCAGAAUCGCCAACCCAAACGCACUGACCUUCUGCUUCGAUUACAGCAGCAGCAAGCAGUAACAUGGCAGCAGUCAGAAAACCCAGGUCCCUCAGGAGGCAGCUUCUUCUCUCCAGCUUCCUCAUCAACCUCAUCCCUCCGCUCUACUUCCUCCACCCGGGGUGAGCAUGGUCAUGGGGUCCCAUCUCAGUCCAGCCAAGAGGGCCUAGAAGGGGUCAGUUCACCCAGAAAAGUAGGGGAGAAGAAACCCCAAAAACCAGGGAAAUAUGUGUGCACUUACUGCGGCCGUCCAUGUGCCAAGCCAAGCGUUCUUCAGAAACACAUCCGCUCCCAUACAGGAGAAAGACCCUACCCCUGUGCCCCCUGUGGCUUUUCUUUCAAGACCAAGAGUAACCUGUACAAGCAUCGCAAGUCCCAUGCUCAUCGCAUUAAGGCAGGCCUGGCAUCCAGUCGUGAGGAGCCUAGUUUGAGUGGACCAGAGGGCAGUGUCCCUGGGGAAGACCCUGAGGAACACACAGAGGGAGAAAGCACAGAGUCUGAAGAAGAGACGGGCCAACAUAGAAAGUCCUCCACUAAGGAGAUGUUGGGUCAGCAGAGGAAAGGUGGUAAGGAGGUGCUGGGAGGCUCAGAAGAGGGCCAGAGACCUGAAGACUCCCAGGCUGUCAAGCAAAGGCUGGCACUGAGGCUUAGUGAAAGGAAACGUGGACCCAUGGCUUCUUCAGAUGACCCUCCUUCCUCCUUCUCCACCUCAUCUUCUUCUCUAGGCCCUGGCAGUAAAGGCAGCACAGAGUCUGGCUACUUCUCCGGAUCAGGCAGCACUGACCUGUCCCAAGUUAGUCCUCCCAGUGCCAGUGCCAAAACCUACGCAGAAAUUAUUCUAGGGAAAUAUGGAAGGCUUGGAGGGCAGCAGCGCAGUCCCCAUCAGCAGCAGCCUCAUUCUUCACUUUCAUCACCCUCAGGAACGGAGGAAAAGAACAUUCCCUUUGCUGUACCCAAAACCCAAGUAAUAGAACACAUUACGAAGCUCAUCACUAUCAAUGAAGCAGUUGUAGACACCAGUGAGAUUGACAGUGUAAAGCCCCGACGCUCCUCUCUAUCCAGGAAGAGUAGCAUGGAGUCGCCUAAAUUUAGCGCCCCUAAAGAUCCCUACACAUUUGAUCCUAAAGGAGAAACCCCCGGCCCCAGUGGUUUGAGGCACCACCACAAUCCUGAGGCAGAUCCUUCAGGUACCCAGGAGGUGUCAUCAGUGCCUCUGCUUAGAAGCCACUCAAUGCCAUCAUCUACCAGCCAAGGAGAGCCCUCCACCUCUGGCACCAUGUCUCCCAGAGGUUACCGUCUCUGCCAGUCAUUCGAUGAGCAGCAAGCAGUGGUAGCAGAGAUGAGGGUUGGCCAUGCCCAGCGUAUGCUGAGGCGCCAGCCAGCCAUAGAAGUCCCCUUGGGAGCUGAAGUAAUGUUGGAGGAGGCUGGUCCCACCUCCUCCUCCUCCUCCUCAGCCAGAGGCACUGAACUAGCCAGGCAGGCGCAGCAACAACAAAAGUGUCCCGCUCUGUUUGAAUGUGAAACAUGUGGAGCUCGCUUCCAACAUAGUGAAGGCUACGAGGCUCACAGAGGCAUCUGCCCAGGACGGCAAACACUGGAACAUGAGAGCGGGGAUGUGAGUAAAACAUGCAGGGAGGAUCGUCCCCCGAUGAUGAUGCACUAUAAAUUUCGGGCGCUGGCCAUGGCUGUGAGGAAGAGGAGGAAAGAGGAGAGCCUAGAAGAGGACCCUCCCAGCCCUGGGCCUGCAGCCGUGUCAGGCAGCUCUGCAGGCCUCAUUCCAGUGCCAAGCAGGUCGGAGCACAGCCAGGCCGUCUCAGGUGUUUCUUUACAGACUGAGCCAAAACAACAGCAGCAGCAGCAGGACAGGAAGGGUGUGUCUGUCAUCCAACACACAAGCUCUUUUGAGAAGCAGGAGAGUAUAUCCAUGGAAAGUCAGGAACCAGACCUCAGAGAGAUUCAGCAAACACAACAAGCCGAGCCAAAACCAUCACCCUCUACAUCUCGCCUCAUCCGCCAGCCAAACAUCCAAGUGCCAGAGAUCCUUGUUACUGUGGAGCCUGAUGCUGACAUGCCAUCUGUGUCACCGCCAGUGACAGCAUCCUCAUCCAAGGAGGCAGAGAGAGUGGAGGAGUUCCAGUGGCCUCAGCGUAGCCAGACUCUGGCCCAGCUCCCUGCAGAGAAGCUGCCACCAAAGAAGAAGAGACUCCGCCUGGCAGAAGCAGCCCAGUCCUCUGGGGAGUCUAGCUUUGAGUCUGCGUCUCUGUCUCGCAGCCCCAGUCAAGAAAGCAACAUCUCCCACUCCUCAAGCCUUUCUGCUUCUUUUGAGGACACAGCAAGAUCAGAGCCUGCUGUCUGGGCUGUCAGUAGCCAAAGCUCCCAGAUGUUGAUGGUGCCACCCGCUUCCCACCAAUACCACCAAAGUCACAAGGAGAUGAGGCGCUCAGCCUCAGAACAGGCCCCAGCCAGCCCACAGCAAACAGAGCAGAUCUCAGAGACCAGAAGCAAGUCCUUUGACUAUGGAUCCUUGUCCCCUCAGCAGUCUACGUCCUCCUGGAAAGAAAGAAGAAAAUGUCUCCUUGUGAAGCAUGCCACCUUGGGGGAGCCUGAACAGGAGGAGGGGUCCAGCAUGAGUCAGUUGUCCAAAUCAGAGAGUCCUAAGCCCGGGCCUUCCCGUUCCAUCCUUCCUCCUCUCUAUUCAACCGAGGCAAGCUCCCGCCUCUGCUUGGAAGACACUGGGAAAGCCUUGCAGGUGUUCCAGCCACAGAUCUUCCUGCCCCCUCAGGAUGUGCUCCCUUUGCAGCCCAGAGGCCAGCAAGCAUUCCCCCCAGGAUCACUAGCCCAGCUACUCCCUGCCACCACAACCAUCUCUGACGUACUGUCAACCCAGAUCAUCCACAGAGCUUUUUUACAUUCACAGUCAAGACCUCCACAAAUACAAAUACACCCAGCACAGAUCCACAUGGGAGAACAGUUGGGUAUACCACUCCAUCAGCUUCCAACUAUAGUUCCUCUCCAGUUCUCUUCCAGGACUAGAGCUAGUCAGGCUCUGUACUUGCCUGCUCCUCCAAGACUUACCACACAUGUUCCCUCCCCUCCCACAACAGAGAGCAGACCUUCCAUCUCUUCCAUAUCUUCUGACCUUACCCACCAGUCCUUUGUAACAAUCUCCUACCACCACCCACGGCCGGUCAUCGCCACAUGCUUGGCACAGCUUACACCAGUAGUGUCCCUCGUGGUGCCAGUGCGCCUCCAGACACAUAUUCCUACCUAUGCCAGUGCUAUGUAUACCACGCUGUCCCAGAUCCUGGCCUCCACCCGCUCACAGGAACCCAUUUCUUGCACAGCUAUGGUCAUCAUGGGCCAAGUGGAGCGGGAAAAGCUGCAAAGGUCCUAUUUGAAGGUCCCUUCUCCAGACAUCGUUCUUCCCUUGUCUCUGCCUGCCGAGCUGGCCUCAGGAUCUGGGGAGGGAUAUGGUUCACUGGGGGCUGGAGGAAGUAAACGGAUGCUGUCUCCUGCAGCCAGUUUGGAACUCAGCACAGAGGCUCAGCGUCACCAGAAAAGGGUAAAAGAGGAAGAGGAGGGGGAGCAACGCAAGGCAAGAGAGGAGGAUGCAGAGCAGAAAGAAAGAGAGGAAGAGGAAAGUAAAGCCAUGGGGAGAAAACUGGAAGAGGGAGAGAAGAAGCGGGCAGAGAGGGUAGAGGUGACAACGGUAAAAGUGGAGCGGGAGCAGGAGCAAGUACGAAGGACACAUUGCAGGGAGGAAAAGGAGGAGGAGGAGGAGUCGGCUGAGAAGACAAGUCAAAAAAAGGAAGAGGUGCCAGUUGUGGAGGAGAGGGUUGAGAGACCAAGCACCCCUACAUACCCCAGCCUCCACACCUCCACCUCAGUCAACUGGUGCUACCUGAACUAUGUCAAACCCAACCCAUCUGCCCAGAGGGAGCCCCGCACCUCAGUUUAUUCUACCUGGAGCAUCAGUGCUCACAACCCCAACUUGCCUGGCCUCAGCACUAAAGUGGUCUUGUCUCUACUGUGCUCCAAACAAAAGCACAGCACAGAGACGUACACCAUGGCCACAGCCCCAGCCACGGCCAAAAGCAAAUUGGAACCUGCCACCAGCAGGACCCCACGUGUGUCAGAGGUACAUGCCACCCCACCCAGCAUCCUCACUGAAGUAAAGGAUCAGCAGCAGCACGAGAAGGAGGAGAACAAAGAGAUGAGAGAGGAGGAAGGACCCUCCACCUCCAAACAGGGCGAGCCCUCUCGUGUUCGCAUCUUUGAAGGCGGGUAUAAGUCCAAUGAAGAGUAUGUUUAUGUGCGAGGUCGCGGUAGGGGAAAGUACAUAUGUGGAGAAUGUGGCAUCCGCUGUAAGAAGCCCAGCAUGCUGAAAAAGCACAUCCGAACGCACACUGAUGUCCGUCCGUACAUUUGCAAACACUGCAACUUUGCCUUCAAAACCAAAGGAAACCUUACUAAACACAUGAAGUCAAAGGCUCAUGGGAAAAAAUGCCAGGCAAUGGGAGUAUCUGAGUCAUCACUGGACGAGCCAGAGAGCGAGGAAACAGCAGGAAGUGAUGAACGUGUGUGUGGCUCAGAGGAACAGGAGGAACAUCAGUUUUCUGACGUGGAGGAGUCUGAGGACGAUGAUGACGACGAUGACGAUGAGGAAGAGGAGUCUGCAUCCCAUGACGACCCACCCUCCUCAUGUUCAUCAGACACCCACCUGUCAACAGGAGGACGUUCCAGCUGCAGUAGGCACUCUCAGCAGGGCACCCCUGACCCUGAGCACACCCCAGGCCCCAGUCAGGAGUCCUCCCCACGGGGAGUUUGGCCUGGCAGACGAGCCGCCUCUCCAGGCAGCAGGAGAGCACUGUUCUCCCGGCGGGGCUGGAAGGCGUCACCGAGAGCCUUCUCCCCCAGCAGUGAGAGCUGCUCCCCCAGCCGCAGCCUCUCUCCCCGUCUGGAGCUGUCCUCGCCCAUCCACAGCCUUUCCCCCAGGACCGAGCUAUCCUCGCCCAGCCGACAUGUCUCACCCUCCCCUGAAAGAGGACCAUCUCCCAUCAGACCCCUUUCUCCUCUUCGUCCCAUUUCACCCAGCUGCUACCGGUCAUCACAAGCUCGGACCCCUCCCUUGCCACUCGGGUUACAGCACAGAACUGCUGGAUACCUGCCUUGGGAGAGUCCCAGUACAAAGGGUAGUCAUGUCAAACCGGAGAAAGGUGGUACAGCAAGUGAAGGGCCAUCAUUGCCAGAAGCCAGCUUGUUUCCACCUGCUUUUCGUCUUUCUACAUGUGAGGGCUAUCCCAGCCACCAAGCAGCAGACAACAUCUUCAGCCAUCUUCCCAUGCACUCCCAACAAGCCAAGGUCCCCUAUCUGAUGAUCCCCAUUGGAGGAAUCCAAAUGGUACAGGCCAGACCCAGGUCCCACCCUACCACCCCUUCGUCCCCAACGUCUCCCCCCAUGGAAGGGCCGUCACUGGCCAGGUUUGAAUCAUACUGGGGCGGGACCCCCAGAACUCAAGGGCUUAGGACUCCUGGAGACCACUGGUCAGAGCACCAGGCAGCAGGAACCAGCCAGUCAGGGCGAUGCGGUCUUAGCACGGCACUAACAUGUUCCAAACCGGAGUUGGAGACCACAGACUCAAAGCAAUAUGGCAGCUCACAUAGCUCCGCCCACACCCGCAGGUCUGCUGCUGAGACCACCAAACGCUGCGUCAGAGACAGUCGUUCGAGAGCACCCCUCAGUCAAGCAGCACCCGUAGCCUCGCGUGUCAUUGGACAGCAGCCAGAGGGGGAGGAGCCACCAUCUGGUAGUGAUCUGGUGGAGGGAGGAGCUAAAGGAGACUCAGCCAGAACAGACCAGAGCACUUAACAGUGUCUACACCUUGAUGCACCAUGCAUCCAUUUUGCUUUAUCGGUCGCUACACUAGUCUUGUUUUUUAUUGCUUUGUUUUUAUACAGUUUUCAAUACUAUUGUUAACUUAAAUGUUUGUUCCUUGGCAACAUUCAGGUUUGUUAUAAAAAUGCACUUUUUCCUUUGUGAAAAUAAUGUUUCUGUAAAUCUAUAUAUCUAAAUAUAUAUAAAUUGUGUGUGUGUAUAUAUGUAUAUCUAUAUAGAUAUAUAUAUAUACACACACAUUCAUAUAUAUACAUACAUAUAUAUCCCUCCUGUAUCUCUAUUGAUACUGGUAAUCUUAAUGUCUGUUUAAAUAUAUGUAAAAGGAAUAUAAAUAAAUUUGUAAAUGACCAAAAUCUUUAAUGAAAAUAAUUCCAUUUUUGUUUGUCCAGAUUUUGUCCAGUGUUACUCAAACUAUAGUUAUUUGUGCCUUUUCUGUCCAGGUUUGCUUUUUGAGAUGUGCAGUACAGACAGACAAAGAGAAGGCUGUGAAAUUUUAUAUCUGCUUUUUUGUGUUGUUCAAGAGGGUUAAUAUUUGGUGUUUUGAUUGUUUCUGUUCUAAAGGCCAUUGCUUUAAUGCCAGGG